UCUGAGGCAGGGUCUAUUUUAUCCUUGUUACAGAUGGGGAAACUAAGGCCCAGAGAAGAGCAAAGUCUUCCCCAAGUAUGUACCACUCAGGACUUGAGCUCUGAAUGUCUCCCACCCAGCUUAGCCCAAGAGCGGGGUUCAGUGAUGCCCACUCCCUAAGGCUCUAGAGAAAGGGGGUAGGCCCACAUGCCAGUUUGGGGGUGGUAAAGCCAGGUAAGUUUUCUUUAUGGGUCCCCUGAAACCCUGAAAGUGAACCCCAGUUCUGCAUGAAAGUGAGCUCCCCAUAGCUCAAGGUAUUCAAGCACAAUGCGGCUUUGAGUGCUGAAGCAGGCUGUGCGGCCUUGGAUAAGUGACAUGCCCUCUCUGAGCCUCAAUUUCCCCACCUGUCAACAGCAGACAGUGACAGCUGUGACCAGCCGAUCACAGUGCAUGGGGAUGGGUGGGUGCAUGGGGAUGGAGGGGCAUUUGGGAGGCCUCCCCGAUACCACCCCCUGCAGCCACCCAGGUAGCCUGUCCGGGCCUGUCUGUCCCAGUCCAGGGCUGAAAGGGUGCGGGUCCUGCCCGCCCCAAGUCUGGAGGCGGAGUCGCGGUGACCUGGGAGCCCAAUAAAUCUGCAACCCACAAUCACGAGCUGCUCCCGUAAGCCCCAAGGCGACCUCCAGCUGUCAGCGCUGAGCACAGCACCCAGGGAGAGGGACAGACAGCCGACUACAUGGGACAGCGGAACCCAGAGUGAGAGGCGAGGUGGCAAGACAGACAGACAGCAGGGGCAGACACAGAGACAGAGAGCGGGGACAGGGAGGCCGACACGGACAUCGACAACCCAUAGAUUCCUAACCCAGGGAGCCCCGGCCCCUCUCGCCGCUUCCCAUCCCAGACGGAGCGGGGACAGGCUGCGGAGCAUCCUCCCACCCGCCCGCCCCGUCCUGCCUCCUCGGCCCCUGCCAGCUUCCCCCGCUUGAGCACGCAGGGCGUCCGAGGACGCGCUGGGCCUCCGCACCCGCCCUCAUGGAGGCCAUGGAGACCGCGGAACGGCCCACCUUCGGAGCCUGGGACUACGGGGUCUUUGCCCUCAUGCUCCUGGUGUCCACUGGCAUCGGGCUGUGGGUCGGGCUGGCUCGGGGCGGGCAGCGCAGCGCUGAGGACUUCUUCACCGGGGGCCGGCGCCUGGCGGCCCUGCCCGUGGGCCUGUCGCUGUCUGCCAGCUUCAUGUCGGCCGUGCAGGUGCUGGGCGUGCCGUCGGAGGCCUAUCGCUAUGGCCUCAAGUUCCUCUGGAUGUGCCUGGGCCAGCUUCUGAACUCGGUCCUCACCGCCCUGCUCUUCAUGCCCGUCUUCUACCGCCUGGGCCUCACCAGCACCUACGAGUACCUGGAGAUGCGCUUCAGCCGCGCAGUGCGGCUCUGCGGGACUUUGCAGUACAUUGUAGCCACGAUGCUGUACACCGGCAUCGUAAUCUACGCACCGGCCCUCAUCCUGAACCAAGUGACCGGGCUGGACAUCUGGGCGUCGCUCCUGUCCACCGGAAUUAUCUGCACCUUCUACACGGCUGUGGGUGGCAUGAAGGCUGUGGUCUGGACUGAUGUGUUCCAGGUCGUGGUGAUGCUAAGUGGCUUCUGGGUUGUCCUGGCACGCAGUGUCAUGCUUGUGGGCGGGCCCCGCCAGGUGCUCACGCUGGCCCAGAACCACUCCCGGAUCAACCUGAUGGACUUUAACCCUGACCCGAGGAGCCGCUAUACAUUCUGGACUUUUGUGGUGGGUGGCACAUUGGUGUGGCUCUCCAUGUAUGGCGUGAACCAGGCGCAGGUGCAGCGCUACGUGGCUUGCCGCACAGAGAAGCAGGCCAUGCUGGCCCUGCUCAUCAACCAGGUGGGCCUGUUCCUGAUCGUGUCCAGCGCUGCCUGCUGUGGCAUCGUCAUGUUUGUGUUCUACACUGACUGCGACCCUCUCCUCCUGGGGCGCAUCUCUGCCCCAGACCAGUACAUGCCUCUGCUGGUGCUGGACAUCUUCGAAGAUCUGCCUGGAGUCCCCGGUCUUUUCCUGGCCUGUGCUUACAGUGGCACCCUCAGCACAGCAUCCACCAGCAUCAAUGCCAUGGCUGCAGUCACUGUAGAAGACCUCAUCAAACCUCGGCUGCAGAGCCUGGCACCCAGGAAACUCGUGAUUAUCUCCAAGGGGCUCUCACUCAUCUACGGAUCGGCCUGUCUCACUGUGGCAGCUCUGUCCUCACUGCUCGGAGGAGGUGUCCUCCAGGGCUCCUUCACCGUCAUGGGAGUCAUCAGCGGCCCCCUGCUGGGAGCCUUCAUCUUGGGAAUGUUCCUGCCGGCCUGCAACACUCCGGGCGUCCUUUCGGGACUGGGCGCGGGCUUGGCGCUGUCGCUGUGGGUGGCCUUGGGCGCCACGCUGUACCCACCCAGCGAGCAGACCAUGAGGGUCCUGCCGUCGUCAGCUGCCGGCUGCGUGGCUCUCUCAGUCAACGCCUCUGGCCUCCUGGACCCGGCUCUCCUCCCUGCUAACGACUCCAGCAGGGCCCCCAGCUCAGGAAUGGACGCCAGCCGACCCGCCUUAGCUGACAGCUUCUAUGCCAUCUCCUAUCUCUAUUACGGUGCCCUGGGCACGCUGACCACUGUGCUGUGCGGAGCCCUCGUCAGCUGCCUGACAGGCCCCACCAAGCGCAGCACCCUGGCCCCGGGAUUGUUGUGGUGGGACCUCGCACGGCAGACAGCAUCAGUGGCCCCCAAGGAAGAAGCGGCCAUCCUGGAUGACAACUUGGUCAAGGGUCCUGAAGAACUCCCUGCUGGAAGCAAGAAGCCCCCUGGCUUCCUGCCCACCAAUGAGGACCGUCUGUUUUUCUUGGGGCAGAAGGAGCUGGAGGGAGCUGGCUCCUGGACCCCCUGUGGUGGACAUGAUGGUGGUCGAGACCAGCGGGAGACAAACCUCUGAGGACAGGGCCAGCUGCGGGACUGACACCCUGGGAUGGAACCUCAAAAUGGGCCAAACCCAGACAACGGGCCCAUGGCCUUGGGCUCCGAUUGGCUGGAUUGCCUUGUAUGCAAAUGAGUUCAGGACUACAAGACCCUACCCUAUGGGGAGGCCCUGCCUCCGGGAGGUCAUUUUUUAAAUCCAGCCCCUUGCUUCAACUGUCCCUAGUAUUAGAUACUGCAGCUCCAACGCCUCCCCCAAAAUAAGACUGGGUUUUUCUCUCUCUCUUUUUUUUUUUUUUUUUUUGUUGAGACAGAGUCGUGCUCUGUCGCCCAGGCUGGAGUGCAGUGGUAUGAUCUCGGCUCACUGCAACCUCUGCCUCCCAGGCUCAAGCCAUUCUCCUGCCUCAGCCUCUUGAGUAGCUGGGAUUAUAGGUGCCCACCACCAUGCCCAGCUAACUUUUUGUAUUUUUAGUAGAGACAGGGUUUCGCCAUGUUGGUCAGGCUGAUCUCGAACUCCUGACCUCAAGUGAUCCACCCAUCUCAGCCUCCCAAAGUGCUGGGAUUACAGGCAUGAGACACCAUGCCCGGCCUGCCAUUUUUCUCAUUCUAUAAUAGAAAGAUGUUGGAAUCCCCUCUGGACAACAUAGGAAACUCCCAGAUCUAACAUCAGGAUCUGAGAAAGACCCCAGCUCUUACCUGAAACGUGUUUAACCUUAUCAUUUUUGAGACAGAGUUUAGCUCUUGUCGCCCAGGCUGGAGUAAAAUGGUGUGAUCUUGACUCACUGCAACCUCUGCCUCCCGGAUUUAAGCAAUUCUCUUGCCUCAGCCUCCCAAGUAGCUGGGAUUGUAGGCACCCGCCACCACACCCACCUAAUUUUUAUAUUUUUAGUAGAGACGGGGUUUCAUCACAUUAGUCAGGCUGGUCUCGAACUCCUGACCUCAGGUGGUCCACCCGCUUUGGCCUCCCAAAGUGCUGGGAGUACAGGUGUGAGCCACCACGCCCAGCCAGAGCCACUGUGCCUGGCCUGUGUUUAACUUUAGCAAGCGUUUUGGAGGUCUUCAGGCCCAACUUCCUGUGCCUCAUUUCACAGGCAGAGAAACUGAGGCACAGAGAGGAGGGCAAUGGCUUGGCCAAGGACACAAUAGCAAUCCAGGCAUUUACCAAGAGUUGAACACCAACUCUUUCUUCUUUCUUUGUCCUUUCUUUUCUUUUCUGUUUUUGAGACAGAGUCUCACUCUGUCACCCAGGCUGGGUGCAGUGGCACAAUCUCAGCUCACUGCAACCUCCGCCUCGUGGGUUCAAGUGAUUCUCCUGCCUCAGCAACCUGAGUACCUGGGAUUACAGUGAGCGCCACCACGCCUGGGUAAUUUUUGUAAUUUUGUAUUUUUGUAGAGAUGGGGUUUUGCCAUGUUGGCCAGACUGGUCUCGAACUCCUGAUCUCAGGUGAUCCCAGCCUUGGCCUCCCAAAGGGCUGGGAUUACAGGGGUGAGCCACCGUGCCUUGCCUCUUUCUUCUUUAUUUUCUUCCUGGCAUUGGGGAGGGGGUGAUUCAGACCCCACAUGGCCUCCAACCUUGGCCCACACACCUGCCAUGUCUCCCAUCACCCUGAGCCUGCUAGCGUCCCCUCCUCACCUGACAACAGAGGCUCUCGAAUUGGGUUGUGUCCCCCCAAAACUUAUGUCCACCCAGAGCCUCAGAACAUGAGCUUACUUGGAAAUAGGGUCUUCGCAGGUGUAACUGGUUAAAUUAAAAGAGGUAUUACUGGAGGAAGAUGGAUGAAUCCAGUGACUGGUUCCUCAUAUGAAGUAGAGAAGAGAUGCAGAGAAACACAUGGGGAAGAUACCAUGUGGAGACAGAGGCAGAGGUUGGAUCAAUGAGUCUACGAGUCAGAGGACCUAAGGAUUGCCAGCAACAACCAGAAAUCAGGAGAGGGGGCAUGAGAUGCAUUGUUUCUUAGAGCCUUUAGAGGGAACAUGGCCCUACUGACACCUUGAUGUCAGACUUCUGGCUGCCAGAACUGUCAGAGAAUAAAUUUCUGUUGUUUGAUGCCA